AUGCGCAAAGCUUCGGUUUCGGCGCAGCUGACCGGCUUCGCGCGCAAAUUCUCCGCCGCUAUCGCUCCACAGCUCACGAAGUUAGACCCAGUAGCAUCGUUAGUUAGACGGAGAAAGUUGUCUAUCAGGAUUGGGAGUAUGAGUCAGGUAAAACGUUUUACUUUUAAAGUCAUUGUUUUUAGAAUGUGUAAGGUUAAAAACUAAUAAAAAAUUGAAAAAAAGUCUUGUCGUUUUUCACAGUAAAAAGCAAUAGAAAAUAACGACAGAACUUUUUUAAAAAACUUUGUUUAAAAAAAUGAAAAGCUUUACCUAAAUUUGGACACAGUAUAAAAUUAAUACUAUAUAUAACAUUAUCAGUCCUAUGUAACAAUUUUUUGAAAUUUUUAUUAAGUUUCAGCUCCAAACAGCCCUAAAGCAGUUUGUCCUUCACAACUCGGCCAAUUUCGACCCGGUCGAAUUUGAAAUCUAUGAUGAACAAAUCGACCAAGUUGUUAUGACAGCUCAAUUUUUUGCCGAAGAAGUUAUUGUAUUCGAAGGAACUCGACGAGUUUUAAGCGUUGUCCUAGCCGAAUCCGACCCCGACGCAGAUCACUUCACCCUUGCCAAAAUACGACAUCCUAUCUCUGGUGAGUUGAAAAUCAGGUUUUUAUUUACUUUUUAGUCGUUUUGAAAAACAUGAAAAUUUUGUUAUUUUUGGAAUUGUGACAUUUCGUUCAUUUUUCAAUAAGUUUUGUGACAUUUCGUCUAAUUCAGAUUAAACUUGGACAUUAUGUCUAAAAACUAAAAUGAUGCCACAAAACAUGUUCAAGUUAUCGUUUUUUCUUUCAUUUUUUUUAGCUAAUAGCACUUUUUUAUUUGUGACACUUCGCUUAAUCUUCCAAUAAAUUUUUGAUAUUUCGCCAUAAAAUUUUUUAUGUCUUAAAAACUUCUAAAAAAUAGUAUUUUAAAACUAAAAUUAAACUAUAAAAUCUCAGUAAAAUAUUUUUAGGCAUAAAAGUGUAUGAAAUAGUGUCAGUGCCGAACCGCAGUCAUCAGUACUAUAUAACGAAUUGUAUGGACGAAAGCGCAAAAUGUCAAUUUCAAGUGCAUUCGAACUUUUGGCGUAAAUUGUUAUCAACAUGUGGAUUUACAUUUGUUUCGGACUAUUUUACAGUAGACCAGGAUGGGGUACCUGUUGGGUUUGUAAGUUAACAUUUUACCACUCUACCCUACCCUACCCUACCCUACCCUACCCUACCCUACCCUACCCUACCGUACCCUACCCUACCCUACCCUACCCUACUCUACCCUACCCUACCCUACCCUACCCUAUCCUACCCGACCCUACCCUACCGUACCCUACCCUCUACCCUACCCUAGCCUACCCAACCCUACCCUACCGUACCCUACCCUCUACCCUACCCUACCCUACCCUACCCUACCCUACCCUACCCUACCCUACCCUACCCUACCCUACCCUACCCUACCCUACCCUACCCUACCUUACCCUACCCUACCCUAUCCUAUUUACCCAUACUAAUACCAAUGUUAAUAUAGGUAACCCCCGGUGGCACCAUAGUUGGUGAAAACGAGAUCAAAGUAGAAUGGUGCGAUGAAGCCGAUAUGGAGCUUCGUAUCCUAAUACUGUGUAUCGGCAUCGUGCAGACCGUACGAGAAGCCUUCCCCAGCCUUCUACAUAUCCUUCAAGAGUACCGAAUAAAACAAAACAGCUAA